CUCUGUAAAUACCUUAUUCAGUUUUCCAUACGUGCCGACUGGAAGUCGACGUACGAGUGACCGUUCCCUAAACGAAUUGCCUGAAAUCGGACUGGCUAAAAAUACUAUGAGUGUAUUAACUGCUGACGUGACGAAAAAGAAAGGAGUCAUGAGGACGGCUAAAUCAAGGAAGGACAUGCCAAGCUACGAUUCACCGCUCACAGAGGAGGAGGCUCUCAGGAAGUCCGUCAUCUCGCCAGAGGAUGUCCUUAGACUUCCCAAAAUUACAGAGAAUUAUCUAUGUUCGCCAGAGGCCAACAUUUACGACAUAGAUUUCACUAGGUUUAAAAUUCGCGACAUGGACACGGGGACAGUGCUCUUCGAGAUUGCGAAACCUCCACCGCAAGAACUGGAAGAAGACGAACAGGAGGUCGACCAGGAAGAAUCCGAUCCGAACGCAGGACGCUUCGUCCGGUACCAGUUCACCCCACAGUUCCUCAAACUGAAAACCGUUGGAGCAACGGUGGAGUUUACCGUAGGCAAUCGGCCAGUGAACAAGUUUCGUAUGAUCGAACGCCAUUUCUUCCGAGACAAAUUGCUCAAGACUUUCGAUUUCGAGUUUGGUUUCUGUAUACCAAAUUCUAAGAACACUUGCGAACAUAUUUAUGAAUUCCCUACCCUACAUCCUGAUUUAGCUGAGGAAAUGAUAAAGCAUCCAUUUGACACGCGCAGCGACAGUUUUUACUUUGUGGAUGACAAGCUGAUUAUGCAUAAUAAAGCAGAUUAUGCAUACAAUGGAGGUUUACAACAACCACCUUCUCAGUAGCAAAGGCUUUUUCGGUAGUGAAUUUUGAGUACUAGAACUGAAUCAUGACCUUCAGCCAGAAAGCCUCUACAGUAAGACGAUUUACUGCACCAUCACUCUACCCUUCAGACAUUUUUCCACACAAAUGAGUUUUUAUCCUUGACGCCUUUUUUUCUCUUCUUGACUUCAUCAGCUUUUCCUCUUUCUCUCUGUUUCAAGGAACUUUCAGGUUACUGUUAACAGUGUUAUCAUUGUGAGUGAUUGGAACUCUGAACUUUAUCAACUUAUUUGAUUUCAAUAUUGAAACUUAUGUCAAGGUGUUAUUCACACAAAUUUUACAGAGCUGCAUAUUUUUUUCUCUAUUUUAAGUAACUGCUUACUUACUGUAAUAGAAGUUUAAUUUAGUUUUAAAUAAUCAGCAUAAUUCACGUCUAAUUUUUCUAAGUUUUCCCCUGUAAAUCAGUCCUGCUAAAACACUAAGAAAGAAAUCAGGUAACUGUACAUUAGGCCUAGGACAUAUUUGUAUGUAACAAAUCAGUAUUCAGUACUGCACCAUUCCCAUAUGUUUAGCUGCUGCUAUCAGUGUAAGGCAGACUGUUUAGUGACUUUUUGUAGACGCAGUUAAUUUAACCCUAAGACACAUUUCCCCCAAUGAAACACCGCUGAGAAUUUGCAGAGACAAAAGUCAAUGUACAGUUUAGCAAAAAUACUAUGAUAAAUGUACUUACGAGUGCACAAAAUCUAUUUUCUCAUAUUUUGAGUUGUUGGUCCAUAAACUUGAAUUUGCAAAUGUUUACUCAAAACACCAGAGGAAUAUCCCCAACCACAGAACUCUUCCUCUUACUUACAAAAAUAUGCAAAUUAGCAAGGACAUUUAACAGAAUGAUUGCAUUCUGUUAUUGGAUGCCCUCUCUUUGUUUUCGUAAUCAAAUAUACCCAUUAUUGUUCCUUAAAAAGAUAACAUACAAAUCUUCGCAGAUUGACCUUGGCAGUACACUCCUUCCAACCGCAUAUUGCCUUUAUAAAAUAAAACAUACAUUGCUCAUAUGUAGUUUUGUAUUGUGCUAUGAAAAGAUCUGAGAUAAUUUUCUUGUUGUUGCUAUUGUAUCUGUGUUUCUUAACCUUUUUCUCAUCGUUAGUAAGGUUGUGUAAAUGGAUAACCGAGUUAACAUCGACGACAAAUAAUUCAGGAAAGUCGAUUCCUGUUAGUUUACUUACCCUCUGUCUAUCCAGGUAUCUUUGAUUACAGUUAUUGCACUAGGUCCAUUGGUUUUCAAUGCAUAGCAAUAUUUAUACAAAUAUUUUAUCCAACAAACUUGAAAUUACUUACAAUAAAUUUGGUCAUGCGCAGUGACUUGAGCUUUUAAGUUACUUAGGCAUUGGUACCUUAUGAGGUAAAUGCACAGAUUUUAAACUAAUUUCAAUUUUAGAAUUUUUUCUCUCAAUUGUUUACCAUAAUGUUUGUGUGAAUCAAAUUAUUGUUUUAGAUUGCUGUACUUAAAAAUCUCACCCACCCAACAUGUAUUUCAUUGGAAUAUAUUUGCUCGUAUAUACAGACUGUUGUUACAAAAUACUUGAUGAAAAUACUUUAUACUGUCCUUUAUAUUUUCCUGUACAAUUUUUAUGCUUAUUACAAUUCCUUGUUUUCAGUACAAACUGAAUGUAUCAGUACAGCUUUUAUAUGUAAGAAAGCAUUGAUAUUGUUAAUUAAGUACUUGGUUAGAAUGCACAGAUAAUGUUUUGGAUACGUUCCAAGUUGAAUAAGGUGCUUGAUGCAUUUAGGGUUGAUGAUGAUUUUGCAGUAUAUGUAGACUGUGAGGACAAAGAUCUCAAAACUGAUACUGUACUAUAACGUUUUUUAUAGUACUUAACAAAAAGAUUCAGCGAUAUUUGUAACUAUUAAGUAGUACAGUAUUAUGUGACAUUAUAUUCCAGGCUUUAUAAUCAUGAGCUCAGAAGUAAGAAAGCUACAAAAAUAUUAUCCCUCUCCUGCUGUUAAAGUGUGUAUUCAGUCCAUGUAGUGUUUCAGUGUGAUCAACUGUGAAUUGUUUAGCCUAACAAUUUAUUUUGCUACCAAAUGAAAUCAAAGAUGCAUUGAAUUUGUUUCUUAAUUCCAUUUAACAGCUUUUGGAUUGCUCCAUUGGUAGCCUCUUUUACAACACUAAUACAAACACAAAAAUAAAGUCCAGAAUUUCUCCAUGUGAUGAAAUGCUCAUGGUUAUAAAUAUAUUCUGACAUGUUUUCUGUUUUUUUUUUCUUUUUACUGACAAUUGCUGUUCAUGCAGUUGGUGUCUAAUAAUUAAUGAUAAACCAUUUCUAUAAUUUUUCAAGAAAAACUAAGUACAGUACAUUGUAAGUUUUGCUCCAAAUUAUGAUGUUAAUAAAAAUGUCAAAACAAGUAAAACUGAAGUCAGUGUUACUGACAAAGAAGCUAAUGGUAUGUGAUAUUACAACAGACUCAUUCUUGCUAUUGCAAACAUUCCACAAAAGCCAAAUGGAAAGGCGUAUCCCCUUUUGGUAGUACAGGUACCUUCAAUUAAAGGGGCAUAAAAUGAUCCAACUGGUAUAAUUCUACGGAAUACAUGAACGAAACAAAUACUGCAAUGUAUACAGUUCACACUUGAAUGACGUCAUUGUGGUGUACGUCUUAAUAUGCCAGUGGUCUGGUAGUUGAUAAAUACCUAAUAGUCUAAUGUUAAUGAAAGCUACUUGACUUUUAUAACAUGAGUCAGACACUAUUUAAGGAUUACUAAGACUAAUGUUUGUUACUUUGUAUAAGAAGUGAAUUUCAAUAUAUUAUGAAAGUCAGCUUUGUCAUAUAUUUUGAUAGUGAUACAAUUUUUUUAUGAGUGACCUAGUGAAAUGGAAGAAAUGUAUUAUAACAGACAAACUAGAAACAAGAUAACUUUGCAGAUUCUAGCAAACAUACCAUGAAUUGCAUACAUAUAGAUAUUAAAACCUGUUAUUGUUUUUAGUGUCUGAAAUGCUGUGUUUUUAUCUAUACCAAUGCUUGUGAUAAAGGAAUAUGGCUGUGUUUGCAUACUUUCUUCACAUGUCGAGUUCAUUACAACAUAAGUACUACAUGAAGGCAGGUUAUCCUUCUCUGUCAUGUUUUUCAUCUAGUGAUGCAAUGAUAAAACUUUUUCCAUUUAAGAACACAUAUGAACUGUUUAUGGUUGCAAAUAACUCUACACUGAACAUAGGGUAUUUUUUGUUUCUAAAAAAUUUGUCUAUAGUGUUCAGGCAUCCUUUAUAUAUUGGUAGUAAUUGUUGAGCAUUAAUAGUAUGAUUGAUUGGUAUAGGCUGCAGGCAAUUGCUGCAUUAAGACUUUAUGACAUGACCACGCAUAAAACUAUCCAGCUUUUCUCUCAAGUUUUUUUGACUGAUUGUCACCAUGACCAAAACUUUUUAACUAUAGGACACCAGGUUUUUGACAAUAUGUAAAGUUGUGUUCCCAGUCAGAGGUGCUUAUGUGACUUAUCAGGUGAUAUAAGUUAACCUUGCUAUUUCACCAAGUAAAACUACAUGUAUAGUGAAAGUUUUACAUUAUGUUAAUAUUUUUAUUAUGUGAAAAUGGGUAUAUUUCUGUUCCCUCUCACUUGCGUCCCAGUAGGAACUGACCUUUGGUAAAGAAACUCAUUGUUGAACAAAGAUAAUACAAUUUUGCAGGAAUUAUCACCUUAGUAGGUGUCAUGUUUUCCACUUGCUCAUUAUAUUUGUUAUUUAAUUUGCAUUACAAUGACACAACAUUAGGAACUUCUAGUGAUGCACUAACAAGAGCAAAAGCAUAUUAAUUAGUAUUAGAUGAUUUUGUAUGUGAAGAGAUUCACUGGGUGUUUUAUUUUGAUUUGCAAUAUUCACAUGCAAUGUAUUGUGAAAUAUAUUUAUUCAUCAUGA